UAAUGUUAAUAAAAUAGAACACACACAUUUUCGCUCAGUUCUUUACAGAAUUUGAAGUUUUGAACUUGUCCAAAUUGAAAGCUCUUUUCCUUCUUCUUCUCAAAGAAAACUAGGGUUUUGUUUUGUUACUGGUUGAAUUUUGAAUCCAAUGGCGUCUGUGUACAUUCCAGUGCAGAACUCGGAAGAGGAAGUUAGGGUAGCAUUGGACCAACUCCCUAGGGAUGCUUCUGACAUUCUCGACAUUCUUAAGGCAGAACAAGCUCCUCUUGAUCUCUGGCUUAUAAUUGCUAGGGAAUAUUUCAAACAAGGCAAAGUCGAUCAGUUUCGGCAAAUCUUGGAAGAAGGGUCUAGCCCAGAGAUUGAUGAAUAUUAUGCAGAUGUGAGGUAUGAGAGGAUUGCCAUUCUAAAUGCAUUAGGUGCAUAUUACAGUUAUCUUGGGAAGAUUGAGACAAAACAAAGAGAAAAGGAAGAGCACUUUAUAAUGGCAACUCAAUAUUAUAAUAAAGCAUCCAGAAUUGACAUGCACGAGCCCUCCACGUGGGUUGGGAAAGGUCAGCUUUUACUUGCCAAGGGCGAUAUAGAACAGGCAUUUGCUGCUUUCAAGAUUGUACUUGAUGGAGAUCGUGAUAAUGUUCCUGCUCUCCUGGGUCAGGCCUGUGUUCAGUUUAGCCGUGGACGAUAUUCUGAUUCACUGGAGCUAUAUAAGAGGGCCUUGCAAGUGUAUCCUGACUGUCCUGCUGCAGUAAGGCUUGGAAUAGGUCUCUGUAGAUACAAAUUGGGCCAAUUCGAUAAGGCAAAACAGGCGUUUUGUCGUGUCUUGCAGUUAGAUCCAGAAAAUGUGGACGCUCUGGUGGCACUAGCAAUUCUGGAUCUGCAAAACAAUGAAGCUUCUGGUAUUAGGAGAGGAAUGGAAAAGAUGCAAAGAGCCUUUGAGAUAUAUCCUUACUGUGCAAUGGCUCUAAAUUAUCUGGCCAAUCAUUUUUUCUUCACUGGCCAGCAUUUCCUUGUGGAGCAAUUGACUGAGACUGCACUUGCUGUAACCACUCAUGGGCCAACUAAGUCUCAUUCAUACUACAAUUUGGCACGCUCCUACCACAGCAAGGGCGACUAUGAGAAAGCUGGAAUGUACUACAUGGCAUCUGUGAAAGAAAGCAGUAAGCCACAUGACUUUGUAUUACCCUAUUAUGGAUUGGGACAAGUACAGUUGAAGUUAGGAGAUCUUCGGAGUUCGUUGGCGAAUUUUGAGAAAGUCUUGGAGGUUCAUCCUGAAAGUUGCGAGGCAGUGAAAGCUCUUGCACACAUUUAUGUGCAGCUUGGCCAGGCAGAGAAGGUUCAGGAAUAUUUGAAGAAAGCCACAAAAAUUGAUCCUCGUGAUCCCCAGGCCUUUUUGGAUAUAGGAGAGCUGUUAAUUUCAAAUGAUCCUGCUGCUGCUUUAGAGGCCUUUAAAACAGCGCGUAAUUUGCUUAAGAAAUCAAAUGAAGAAGUACCAAUAGAGUUGCUCAACAAUAUUGGCGUCCUCCAUUUUGAAAGGGAAGAAUUUGAGCUUGCUACACAAAGUUUUAAGGAAGCUUUAGGUGAUGGCAUAUGGAUUAGGUUCCUUGAUGCUAAAGCACGGUCUAAUGAUCCAACUUCUGGAGGGCUUUUAUAUCGCAAUGGUGAAACACAAUCUGAUCUGUUAAAAAGUGCACAAUAUCCAAUUGAUGCCAGUGCAUCUGUUCGACAAUACAAGGACUUCCAGCUAUUUGAUAGACUUGAGGAACAAGGAAUUACUGUGGAACUUCCUUGGAACAAAGUUUCGACACUCUUUAACAUGGCAAGAUUACUGGAGCAGUUGCAUGACACAGAAACUGCCAGCAUCUUUUACCGACUUAUCUUAUUCAAGUAUCCAGAGUAUGCAGAUGCUUAUCUGAGGCUGGCGUCCAUUGCAAAAGCCCGAAAUAAUGUGCAGCUAAGCAAUGAGUUGAUUAGUGAUGCGCUAAAGGUGAAUGAGAAGUAUCCAGAUGCACUGCUAAUGCUUGGUGAUUUGGAACUUAAGAAUGAUGACUGGGUUAAGGCAAAAGAAACUUUUCGGGCUGCUAAGGAUGCAACUGAUGGAAAUGAUUCUUAUGCUACUCUUUGUCUGGGAAAUUGGAAUUACUUUGCGGCGAUUCGGAAUGAGAAAAGAGCUCCGAAACUGGAAGCUACUCAUCUAGAGAAGGCUAAGGAACUAUAUACAAAGGUAUUGGUUUUUUUUUUGAAAAUGGUAACUUUGUCUAUUCCUCAAAAGUCAGUACACUGAUCAGUAUUUACAACA